AUGGCUUGGAAAUUGAGGGUAAACCAGAUAAAACGCGUGAGGUCCAUGGCCGAGACAGCUGCUGCUGGGAAGAAGCUUAUCCGCGUGGAUGUGAGUUCUGACACUAUAUGCCCAUGGUGUCUUGUGGGGAAGAGAAACCUGGACAAAGCUAUAGCUGCCUCUACUGACAGAUUUGAUUUUGAGAUCAGAUGGCACCCUUUCUUCCUCAAUCCCGCUGCACCUAAAGAAGGGAUGAACAAACUGCAAUUUUACAAGGACAAGUUUGGACCUCAACUUGAUGGAGUUGUAGCAAGGAUGACUGAGGUCUUUAGAGGCCUUGGUCUGAACUAUAACCUGUCCGGCCUCACGGGAAACACUCUAGACAGCCACAGGCUUAUAUAUUAUGCUGGAAAGCAGGGUUCUGAUAAGCAACAUAACCUUGUUGAGGAGCUGUUCCUUGGCUACUUCACUCAGGCUAAGUACAUUGGAGAUAGAGAAUUUCUUUUGGAAUGUGCUCAGAAGGUUGGCCUAGAAGGUGCAGCAGAAUUUCUCGAUGAUCCCAAUAAUGGGCUCCAAGAGGUAAUGGAAGAGCUCAACAACUACUCCUCGAACAUUAACGGAGUCCCAUACUACGUGGGGGGGAAAAAACAGAUCGCCAUGGCUACCAACUCCGGGAAGAAGCUGAUAAGAAUUGAUAUAAGUUCAGACACUGUAUGUCCAUGGUGCUUUGUUGGCAAGAAAAACUUGGACAAAGCCAUAGCUGCCUCUAGUAACAGAUUUGAUUUUGAGAUUAGAUGGCAUCCAUUUCAGCUGUAUCCUGAUGCCCCAAAGCAAGGAGUGAACUUGUUACAGUUCUACAGAGGAAGGUUUGGAGGCGGAAUCGAUGGAAUGAUGGCUCGCAUGUCUGAGAACUUCAGGGGACUUGGCAUGAACUACGAUGUUUCCGGGCUAACGGGAAGUAGUAUGGACAGCCACAGGCUGAUGUAUAUAGCAGGUGAGCAAGGGCUUGACAAACAGCACAAGCUUGCUGAGGAACUCUUCCUUGGCAACUUCACACAGGCCAAGUACAUUGGAGACAGGGAAUUCCUGCUCCAAUGUGCUGAGAAGAUUGGAUUAGAAGGCGCAGCUGAGUUUCUCAAUGACCCCAAUGCUGGACUGAAACAGGUAAAUGAGGAUCUGGGGAAGACGGUGGUUAGAGGAGUGCCCUACUAUGUGGCAUGUUAA